ACAGGCCCUCUGUAAACUUUUCAUGGACGAAAGUAAGGGCGGGGUAUAGGGCGUGGGCCCCUAAUAAUAUCUCUGGGGGCGCCCAAAUUGCGUGAGCCUUUAGAAUCAUCCAAACAUUCCCUUCCCCAAGCAGCGCCCCUGACUGGGACUAUGCAAAUGUCAUUCACACUUGUGGUGGUCAUCCAAUUUCCACCCCUCCCAGUGUCCUCCAAUCACAAUGCUGGAUUUGAAAGGCACCAUCUUUGCAAAUCCAGCCUCUCAGACAAAGGAUAAAAACAUUCUUGCUUAGACAGAAAAGGUUGGCUGCUCUAAAAAAGCACAUUUCGUAAGUUACAGAGACAGGAUUAGAUUCCUAAACAUCUGCAAAGUGAAUUGGGGAAGUUUUAGACAGUAACUAUCCUAGUGAACUUCAGCUUUUUUUUUUUUUUUUUGCUAACUGCUUCGACUUUUUUCAGAUUGUCCGGAUUGCUCAAGACUUCAGAACUCUCACCUCAAAGGAUUCAGAUUUCUGUGUUUCAGAAAGGACCUUUGUGAUGAUGAAUAAGUUUGGAUAUUCAAGACUGUUGAAGAGUCUCACAAGGCUACAGGACGUCUAAACCUUCAAGGAUUUCUGAAUCUCCAGAAAGAUCCAUCUCUUUCCUUCCACUGCAUCAUUGAAGAGAAAGCGCCUUGUAAAGGAUCGGACUGAAUGAAGAUGAUGAUUGAAGCUCUUCUCCUCGUUGUAGCUGCUCUACAGGAUCACACAGCGGCUGCAGUACAAAACAUAUAUCCCCUGGAUAUGGCAGUGAAUUCAGUUGAUGAUCAGUAUGAUGGAUGUACGAUCAAAAUGGCGAAUCUGGUGAAGACCAAAUAUCUUGAGAAGGAACUCAAGAACUCAAACGCAUUUAACAAGGCUUGGGAGGAAGGUGAGGAGAAUUCGACAGCACCACAAGACAACCUGAAAAGGAAUCAUUCGAUUGCCAUUUACGUCUACACUAACCUCGAUUCUAGUGUAUAUAGCAGUUUCAAUAUGGCGUCGCGCAAUGGUAAACAAAACUACACAGACCAGACGUUCACAUGGUACUCACUUCACUUUUUGCUAACGGACGCGAUACAGAUAUUGAGCGAAUCACAAAAAAAAUGCAAGACAACUUUCCGUGGAACUAACGUGUCGUUUUAUCGAAAUGUUACAGGGAAAGUGAUUCGCUUCGGCUCUUUUACGUCCUCGUCUCUCGAUCGUAAAGUAGCGCAAGGUUUUGGAAAUAAAUCUUGCUUUAGGAUCAAAACUUGCAACGGCGCUAAUGUGGUCAAAUAUUCGAAGUAUCCUGACCAGAAAGAAGUGCUGAUUCCUCCGUAUGAGAAGUUUAAAGUCACUGCAAUCAAGACCAAAGAAGUAGACAAAAAUCUGUGGUGUGAAACUGUGUACGCUUUGAAAAGCGCCGGGACAAGAAGUGACCUGAACUGUACGCUGGCAUUCAAAAAGACCAUGUCAUUUAAAACCAUUCGAUUUUGUAGAUGCAUUAAUAGGAAGAUAAAAGCUAUUGCGCAAGCUGUCAACCGCGGUCAUUAUAAGAGUGUUCGGUUUGGGCGAAAACUGAGCGUAAUGCCGAAUAAAAUGCUGGAAGACCAACUGAGCAAACCCAAUCGUAGAGAUGAAGAAAUGUACCAAGAGUGCAUUAAUGUUUUUCACUUCCUCGUUGAAAACCAAAUGAACCCCACUAACAGAAACAUUUAUAUUCGACAGCAGAUUGCUCAGAAACAAGACUGCCGUCGCUUUUUAAACACUUUGGGAUUCGACCCACUAAUCCUGGAGUUACUAAAUCCCUGCUGUGCUGCUUGAGUUGGAACACUUCGUAAAGUUGAAUUCAUUCAUAUCUGU